AUGCUCGACAUAAGGUCGCUCACACCUAUCGAAAACGUCUAUGCACGCCAGCUCUUUCCCCUUGGCAAGGGGUAUCCUCUCUGGUAUCCAGAGCCACGGGAGGAAAGUGAGGCUGGCAAGGUUCACCUGGGUGACGUGGGGUACCUACACCGAGGGGCGUUCGUCCGCCUCUUCAACGCCAUGCGAGGCGCGGACGAUGUGGUCAAUCAACGUCCCGACAACAUGCCCAACGUUCCGGACGGUUUCGAGAAGCUCGUUUUGACUCACCCGCUGUUCCGCCUCUCUAAUGCUUUAUCUGGACGCCUCCUCAGUCGAACCAUGAAGGACGUCCACAUCGAGGCAGGCGGACAAGGGCAUGGCAUCUCCGCUGAACUGUCUUUCGAAUGCACCGACCGUCAAGGUGCAGUCCUCGUCCUCGGCUCACCGGCGGAGCUCCAGGAAAUCAUCUACACGAAGGCCAUGACAGACUACAUGAAGACCAACAUCGACAGCUGGGUCGCAUUCGCCCAAACCCUAGGCGUCGACCUCCAACACAACAGGAUCAUGUUCGUCAAGGGUUGGGUCAAAACGACUCACUGGGCUCUCGCGGCGUUUCGGGAAAAAGGGAAGAGCAAACGUUGCCACAUCCAGGGUGGCGUUGGCCCCGUCGGGUCUGCGUAUCUUGACGUGACGUUCUCCGACGCUACUGACCACGGUGGCGAAUCCCGUUCAGGGCCUCCGGGUUCCGAGCGAGGCGAUGCCGAGGGGGCUCGAGGCUUGGAUCACGGCAGACCCAAGGAUCAAUGCGUGCUCCUGAGGUACUUCAUAUCCAAGAAAAGACCUCUGCUCGCCCCCGAAAUCAUAGAAGCAGCAGCGCGGCCUCAAUCACCCCCUAAAUACAGCGAUGCAAGCGAUAAAUCAUUCCCGUCAGGGCUAGCUCGGAGGCUCCUGCGAGACGACGAUAUGCAUGAUUCUUUGCUCAUCCCACGAGAUCCUCCGCCUUACCAUAGUAUUUGGAAUCACCAAAGAGCCCCGAGAACUGCAAAGCCAAUCAAAUUAUACGUACCCGAUGACGAUGACAUUGAAAUCACCGAGACGCCGCCAGCCACAAAGCCUUAUGAUCCCGUCGAUUCAGUACUGGAUUACAUCCUCGAGAAAUCCGGUGCAUCUUACGCAAUCGCGAGCGACACUGACUUAUGGAGGCUCGCCGAUGUCGACGCAGAUGCCCCACAGCAACUCGAGGUCAAGCGGGGUAAAUCGCACACAGAUGAACCCGGCGAUACUCAAGACUGGGACAUCCCAGCCUUGAUCAGACGCAUACAACCUCCGGUCGAAGUGGGCGUAGACAAAACGGGCAUGCUGGGCGUGUUCAAAGUCUUCGAUCUGAUGGAGCGUACCAUGGCUCUCAAUCAGGAGCUGCACCUCAACGUCUACGAACGCUAUAGGAGGCUCGCGUACACGCAGGCGGAGGUGAUCCGGGGCACGGGCGAAUACGUCGAGAGGCGGUUCGCGCUGAAGAAGCGGAUCCUGCACUGCCAGAUUCUAGUCGACUAUUUCUCCCGCAAUACGACGCACCGGUCGCGCUCGUUCGAAUCCGAUGAGCAGCUCUUUUCCAAUCGGGGGAAGUACGAACUGCGAGGCGAAGACACGAGCGCCGCAAUCAGUCACAGCGGGUUGUAUGUCUCGUACGCUGUAGUGUCAAGGCUCCUGCCGUUGGCGAUAUACCCGCCUGUGUUCACUACGGAUAUCCCGCGUGUUCUGGAGGAGUUGCAGUGGGCGAAGGGAUGGUUAGAGCGGAUGCAGGCAGAGUGA